AUGUCGAAGGUCGCUGAGAAGCUGACCAUUCUGCUGGAAACGGGGAGCGGAUUCCUCAUUCGAUUGUACAACACCAAGAUCAAGUACACCCCCGAAAGCAAGACCCGACCCGCGUUCCUCGUGGAUCCCGUCUAUGCCAAGGUGGUGGCUGCCUUCGGCAAGAAGUUUCCCGAAAUCCCUACCGAUCUCGACAAGACGCCCGGCUACGAAGUGUUCUUGAGCAAGGCCAAGCAGAUUUAUGAGGAGUUGGAGCCCGACUUCGACACCUUCGUUGACGCAUUGGAAUGGGUGAAGAUUACACAGCAGACUCUUAGCGACAUCUCCACGGCCACGGCCGAGCUUACGUGGGCAUACACCCCGGUGACGACCGAGAAGUUUUUGGACCUGGUUACCAUGUACUGCCAGGUGAACCUCCUGUGGUCCCUCAUCGCCGACCGACGCACCAUCGCCGCCGGCUUCGCCCGCGCCUUCAACGUCGUCAAGUCGCAGAACGAGUCCAACUUCCCCAAGGUGGCUCAGUACCUGGCCAACUACGCCGAUCCGUUCAAGAAGCUGCGGGAGGACUUCAAGCCCUUCACCAAGCGCGUGAGCCAGGCGCUGGUGUCGCUGCUGCCCUCGUACUCGAAGCUGAACAACCUCGAGCAGCUGCGCAAGGAGGGCACCCUCAACAUCACCCUCAACCCGGAGAAGCUCGCCCUGCCCUCGCAGGACAUGACCCAGCUCGACCUGCUCUCCAAGGAGAAGAUGUACGCCUGGGUCGUCUACGGCCAGCUCUUCUGCCCCGAGGAGUUGGCCAUGCCCGGCGCCCUGGACCUAUGCCGCGUCGUCCUGUCGCAGGCCUACCGCGCGCCCGUCUUCCGGAACAUCUCGAUCCCGAUCCACAACUUCUACUCCGACGCCUGGAAGAACUUCAAGUCCAAGACCUUCAAGCUGAACAAGGAGAAGAAGAUCAUCGUCGACGGCCUCCAGGCCGCCACCGCCGGCCACGGCUUGAUCGAGCGUCGUAACUUCCGCAUCUACCUUCGCCAGAGCCUGCGCAGCUUGCUGGGUCUGCUCAAGGACUUCCCGGGCCUCCUGGGCCCGAAGGCGAUCGUCGUGUGGAGCGCGCUGUCUGCCGCCAAGGCCGAGGUGUUCUGGUACUUCCGACACAUCAACGCGCCGCCGCCGAAGAAGGACAAGUUCAACGAGGACGCCCUGCGCGACCAGCACAUCUCCGAGCUGCUCCACCUCAUCAACCAGAUGUCGGCCCUGGUGAGGCAGCACCAGCGCAUCAUGCAGGCCUACUACCUCGAGUACCUCCACGAGGCCGAUCGCAAGGCGCUCGAGGACCAGAUUCGCACCAUCCCCGCCCACGCCCCCAUCUUGCCCAUCCUCAAGUCCAUCCUGAACGACCUGCAGUCGAUCUCCGUGGAGUCCUUCAUGGCUGGCACCGAGUACAACUUUGACUCGCUCCGUCUCAACUGGGCUCGCGUGGAGGCCACUCUGUCGGUGGCGUCGUCCACGAUCAACCCGUCCGCAGUCAAGGAGCUCGUCCACCGGGGCAGAAUCAUCUGCCUGCACACGCGCAACGUGGACGAGAUCGAGGAGCAGAUCGACCUGCACGCCUCGCUCAAGGCGCUGUGGUACUACCGCGAGAGCCUGGUCCAGGUGUUCGACAAGUCCAUCAUCGACGGCCCCGCCAACCCGCUCAACUGCAUGGCCUUCCUCCACCUCCUGUCCGAGUUCCCCGAGAACGCCACGGGCUGGUAUCCCAAGGAGCGGGAGAUCAUCGGCUCCGUUUCCGUCAAGCUGGCCGAGGACAUGCUCAACAAGAUCACCCACCGCGUCGCCUCCAUCGUGUUCGAGAUCGGCAAGCAUAACAUGAUCUUCAACAGCCAGCUGAACCACGUCAACGGUGCCCACCCGCUGCUCGCGAGGCUGAAGGACUUCAAGUUCGACAAGAACUACGUGCCACCCACCACGCCCGGUACCGAGUCGCAGUACAAGAACAGGAAGGAGCUCGACAACCUGCGCCUUUACGAGCGCAACGUGCAGCAGCUCUGCGCGGCCAUGCACGAGGUGAUCGACAUCACCAUCUACGACACGGCCUUCACCCCGCGCGAGUACCUGCGCGAUAAGCUCGUCGAGGUGCUCCGCCGAUUUGUCAAGAAGGCGGUCCUCCUUGACGAGCAGAAUUUUAUCGUCCAGCGUCCCUCCGUCCUGGAGAACAGGCUGCAGCUCUUCACCUUCACCGUUCGUCUGCUGGAGAACUACGUGUCCAUGGACAUCACCGGCUCGCUGAGGCAGUUCGUGCUCGGCCAGGUGUACAACAACGGCAUGUCGGACAUCAACAAGGUCGAUUUCACGGUGGACAGCGAGCUCGUGUGGCGCGAGGAUGCCGACCUCGGCAAGGUCCUCACCAAGUGGUACUCUGAUUUCGUGUCCAAGCGCCUCACCACGCCCGGCCUCUGCUACUCGCUCAACCGGAAAGCGUUCAUUUCUCGUGCGGACGUGCGGGCGGUGCUGCCCUUCCGUCCGGAGGAGUACGCCGACCUGGCCGAGCUGCAGGCGCUCGUGCGGCUGGUGGGUCCCUACGGCGUGCGGGCCAUCCACCGCGAGACGAUGAAGUUUGUCGCCUCCAACAUUGCGCCCAUCAAGGAGGUGCUCGCCCUCAACCGCAAGACGCUCUCCGACAUCAACGCCAACUACAGCAAGGACGUCACGGUCCACCUCAAGGCCCUCCGGGAGGUCGACACCUUCAUCAACCGGUCGAUCGCCAUCGGCAACGCCCUGCAGUUCAGGCAGCUGCUGCUCGAGGCCCAGCGCUCCGUCGCCGACAAGGACAUGCCCUUCCUCGCCCACGCUGUCGACAACAUUUUCGACCAGUAUCCGCGAAACACGUUCAUGAAGCCGGAGUACCUGGAGCUGGACUCGCUGGCGAUGACCCUCGGUCUCGACCUGGGCUCGGCCGACCAGGCCCUCAAGGCCGUCCUCUGCAAGGUCAUCGGCGAGCAGGACAAGGAGCUGUGGUUGCUGCUGCCGAUCAUCUACGCCGCCGCGUUCGUGUCGUCGAAGACGUGGUCCGAGGCCAUCUUCCACCCGGCCAUCGAGGGCCACGCCAACAACGUGCACACGCUCUCGCUGGCCAUCAACGCGCUGCUCGUCGCCACCAGAGCGACGUCGACCAGCGACAACGAACGAGAGAUCAUCGACCUGACCAAGAAGUUCAUUGAAGCCGCCUCGUGUAUUCUACUGAAGCAGGCCCAGCAGCCGCCCAGGCAGGUGGAGAAGGUGGUGCAGAGCCUGCCGUCGGUGCUCAUAUUCAUGGACAAGUUCGUGGAGGACUCGCCGUUUGUCACGCAGGAGGUGCUCGAGGCCUGCCUCCCCUACGCCCUCCUCCGGUCCAUGUACAAACAACUCUACGACACCAAGACCCAGGGCAAGAAGGGCAAGGCUGUGUUGGCCGCGGGCGGAGGUGCUGGCGAGCAGGCCGAGGACAACAUGUAA